UAAAUAUAUUGAAUACUAUUUGUGAAUUGAUCAUUUUCUUAUUGGUAAUUAUGAUUGGAAAGGAAAAGCUAACAUACUGCCACCUGCGGGAUCGAAGAAAACAAAGAUGACAACAAGAAGAUACUUCAUUUUAAAUUAACGAAUUCGAACAGAUCCUUUCCAUCAAAGUUGCUGCAGUUGCAUUUAUAUCAAAUUCCAAGUAAUAUUUUCGAGCCAUUGUCUUCAGCGUAUAGUGAAAUCAUAACCAGUUUUGGAGGGAAAUCGCUUCUUGAAGUUUGGUUAAACAAAUCUACAAGCAAUAAUUUUUACUUAAAUACUAAUACUAAAUAAAUGCUUUAUUUGUUUAUAUGAGUUUCAGGAUGGAAACAGAAAACAAUAAGGUCACAAUUGAAAUUUUGGUGGACAGCAGGAAAUCGCAGGACUGCACGAACGAGCACGGUGAUUUCACGAACGGUAUUAGACAUGAGGAGUAUCAGUAUUUGGAUCACAUCAAGCGUAUAUUGGAUGUUGGAGUUCAACGUGGAGAUCGCACCGGUGUGGGCACCUACGGUAUUUUCGGGGCGCAGAUGCGCUACUCGUUGCGGGACAACAUAUUUCCAUUGCUGACGACGAAGCGAGUCUUCUGGAAGGGCGUCGUGGAGGAGCUGCUGUGGUUCAUCAGGGGAAGCACGAACGCUAAGGAAUUGCAGGACAGGAAGAUUCACAUUUGGGAUGCAAACAGCACCAGGGAUUUCUUGGAUUCGGUCGGGUUGAAUUCGAGGGAGGAAGGUGACUUGGGUCCAAUUUAUGGAUUCCAAUGGAGGCAUUACGGUGCCAAGUACGAAGGGAUGCACGCCGAUUACACCAACAAGGGUAUUGAUCAACUGCACAACGUGAUCCAGACGAUCAAGAAUAGACCAAACGAUAGGAGGAUCAUAAUGUGCGCUUGGAAUCCAAUCGACAUUCCGCAGAUGGCUUUACCGCCUUGUCAUUGUCUCGUCCAAUUUUACGUUGCUAACGGAGAGUUGAGCUGCCUGCUUUACCAGAGAUCCGCGGAUAUGGGACUCGGAGUUCCGUUCAACAUCGCCAGUUACGCUUUACUUACCUACAUGAUGGCACACAUCACCGGGCUUAAACCUGGUGAGUUUAUUCAUACCUUGGGCGAUAGUCACGUCUACAUGAACCACAAGGAGGCGCUUCAGGAGCAGCUGGAGAGGACACCAAGACCGUUCCCAAAACUGCACAUCAAACGCACAGUCACGAGCAUCGAUGACUUCAAAUUCGAUGAUUUUGAGCUAAGCGGUUACAAUCCCUAUCCGAAGAUCAGUAUGCCCAUGGCAGUCUGAAUAUUAAGAUUUUUAUACCUUUCGCGUACUUAUUACUUCGCAUCAGUACUUAACAAACAAAAAAAGUGUAGUCCUGUCUUAUAUGUUUGAAAUUCCCUGUCUAGAUUUAUUUUCUUUUAUAUAAAUAUAAUAUUUUUACAUUAA